CCUUUCGUUUACAAGAAAAAUUACCUCAUAAUAAUGAAAACAGAAACGUUACAAAAGGAACCGAACAAUUCUUAUCAGUACUAAGUAUAGAAAUUAACGAAGGGUCCUAUCCCAUAUUUAAAUAUUCAUUUAUAGGGGUGAAUGACCCCCAUAAAACUUCCUGUAUUGUACCUUCUGUACGCAGUAAUAGUUUCAAGAAAUAAUCGAAAACCUUUUCGAUUUUGAAGUCAAAAAGUCAUUACCGAUACUUGGAAGGGUCUCAGGUAAUCCCUUCGCCCUAAUGGGCAGGUAGACCCCGUAGUACUGAUAUAAGAGCUGCUCUCCUGGUAUCUCCCAGUACCUUCUGAGACUCUUCCACCUGUUGGACGUUUUCCGGAAAAAUUUUCGUAAACCGAGCUCCGCUGUACGUCAAGUUCGAAACUCCUGCUGUAUAGGUGUAGUAAAGUGCGAUCGUAGCCUUAUUUUCGAAGUCGUAUACGUGUGAUAGUUCGUACGGGCGACGGAGCAGCAACCUUGGGCGAUUUCUUGCAACCAGCAACGAAGCCAGCGGCCUUCCGAUAGAACCGGACUGGCCUGUGAUUGUGAUCCUCGAGACGAGAACUGCGACAAAGAAUAAUUAAACUGUGCCAUGAUGGGUCUGCAAGCUACGCCAGGAAAAAGAAAGUUAGAAGCGGCCACUGCUCCAGCAGAGUCUUCUCCUCCUAAAGUUGGUAGAUGGGAAGCCGAAGAUUGCAUAGCGAGGCUACAAGCGGUAGCUGCUGACACUUGGCGAACUCCUACGCCAUCUUUGACAGCCACUCUGCUAUCCUCUGAUGAAUUCGACGACGAUGACUUCGAGGACGAGCUGUCCGACGAAGACAGGAACGUUUCCGUUCCAGAAGCAGCGAGGUACACCCAACUCACCACCCCGUACCAACAGCAGAGAUACCAACAGGCUGACUACUGGCAGUACUACCAACCUCCCCAACAAACGAUACGUUGCGACGAAAACGGUAAAUCGUACUUAGAACUCGGUGCCUCGCCCUCGGUUAGGACACGGUGUUGUGACGGUAGAGCAAGGUGGUGCCAUGUACCUUGUUAUAGACAAAGAAGACUGGCUGUAUUGAAUUUGUCCAUGUGUAAGUUGGCUAGGUAUCGACAGUGUUCCGAUCCUUCUUUGAGACGUUCUGUGCUUAUUUGUAAUACGCUGCGAAGGUUAGAGCGAGAAAUGGAAUCUGAACCCGUAGAGCCAAGUAGUUAUACGCAAACAAAUUAUGCUGAAAUGAACACUUCCAAUAGACUCAAUCCUGUGGUGCCGGAGCCUUCCAACUAUGAACAGAGCCUAAGAGACAUGGCGUGCUCGUCUGGGAGGGCAACGCCUUUUCCCAUAAAUACCCCUGACACAGACUCUGGCUUAGGUGAUGACGAAAUGACGAAACCAAUCAAUUGGAGUUCUGUUCUCAGUUACUCGUCACAGACGGAUCUUGAAUCACUCAAUAACAAUGAGCUGUAUGCCGAACUGGGCCUAACUACAGAAACAAACGAGUGGAAAGACCCUAAUCUCCAGCAAAGAAAUGAAAACGAAUGGGAUGGCUUUAUGCAUGUACUAGUUGGUGGUACGUAACAGACGCCACCAUCACCUUGUACUCUCCUCAGGUUGUGAUCACUUAGUAAAUAAUUUGGUGCAUAAUGGAAUUGUGCAGCUACUGUUUGCAAUUUUUAUUUUUAUAUUAAAUAUAUUUUAUUACUUAAAAAGAACCCAGCCAUUUUUUUAAAAGAUCGCAAUCAGAUCAUGAAUCAUCUAGUGACAUCUUUUGAUUGUUUUCUUCAAAUCUUUUACUUAAAUCAAUGACCAUCCCUAUGUUACUUCAAAACAAUGAUCUCGUAUGCUCAAUUGUCUGAUGCUCAAGAGUAUGAGUUAUUUUAAGUGCUGAUAUCAUGUUUAUGCAACUGGCAGGCUUAGGGCAUUCCUCUGUAAUUAAUUAUUUGUAAAUAUGUGUAAAUAAGAGAAAGUUUUCUAAUGAAUAGAGUAAGCUUAUAUUUAUGUACAUACAUAUAAAUAAAUAUAUAUUAUAUAUAUAACAACUUAUAAAUUUAUAUAUAAUAUAUAUACAUAUAUUCACAAUGUACAGAAACAGAAGUUCAUCCACAAUUUUGCUCUAUCAGGGUAUUCAUUUGAAGCAAUAAUCAUUAUGUUAAUUUCUUGUCUGUUAGUUUUCUUAUUUCGACAGAAACCAAUGAAAUUGUUGGACUGAAUUGCAAUACUACUCUGUGGGUAUAUGUAUAAAUAUAAAAAUAAAUAAAUUUAUCAAUCAUAUGAAAUGCAAUAUGGUUCCAUAACAAACGAAGACUUCCCAACUGAAAGUGUUUCAUCUACAUUCAAUAACCAAAACUUGUGAUAAUACCUACCGAUAAUCGCAAUAUUCUCAACUUGUGAACAGAACAUGAAAUAAAUCUGAAUAAAAUCAUACUAGUUACCACAUUCAUAAAACUUGAAAAUGUUGUGUUUAUUUUUUGAAUAAUUUUAUCUUCACCAAAAAUGAAAGUUUCAACCAUUAAUAUUUUCUUUUAAUGUAAAGAUAUCGUCUAAUUUUAUUAUGUCUUCAAAACCAAACUUCGAGCAGAAAUGAGAAUUUUUUUCAUAUCAAAAUUUUGUCUGAUCUGUUAAAUGGUGUUUAACUGAUGAGAUGAAAUAUAAAAUGGUUAUGGAACUUUAUCACUAACUGGUGUUCUAUCGAUUUUCUUUCUGCUUGAAUUUUGAUUUUUCAUUUUGUCAUUUUCAACAGAAAAAAUUCAAGAACCACAGGUCUACUGAAUUUCAGUUGGGAAGUUUAUAUCUAGUCGACAUUGAAAGUUGUCUUCUUAGAGGUGAAUGAGCAAAUAUUCACUUCUGAAAAAUUGAACUGAACAUUGAAUUACUAGUUCAAACCGUCCCGAACAAUUUUUAGUUGAUAGCUUCAGUGUGAAUUUUUUUUGUGUAUAUGCUGUUCUAAAAUAUACUUGGUUAAUUCUACUCUUUCCUAUAAAUUGUAUAAAUUAAUGUUCCUUCCAUUCAAAUAGUAAUGAUUCCUCACCAUGAGAUUUCAGAAUCAAAGAGCAGAACUGUUUUCAGUUCUUAUAUUUGCAAAUACUUGGUUCAGCCAUGUCAUCUCCAUUAUAUUUCUAGCUGUGUUCAGUACACUUGAGAACAGUUCAGAACUGGAUAUAGCAAGCUUAUUUAUGGACCUCUGGCGUGAAUCUGCUUUGUCCAGUUUGAGUUCGGUUCUGAACUACACCGCGAGUACAGCUUUUAUUUGGUUUCCCACUUUGGAGAGUAAUAACGAGUGUUCAAUAAAAUUCGUUGCCAAGUAGGUCGUGGAAUUUUUAAUGUUGGCGCUAUGCGCUUGUACCUUACACUAUAUUAAAUUAAAACAUUUUCUGGACACUUUCAGAUGUCAUCAAUCUUCAAAUUUCAGGUCCUACUUGACGAAUUUUUGGGACGCUCGCUACAUAUUGCCAAUUACUCAACUAUUCAUAUAGAGCAGUCGUACUGAAGUUACUCAAUAAUACCCUAAUCAGAACACUAUUAAGUUGGAAUUUCAUUUAAAUCUACUGAAUGUACAUUACCAAGUAUAUUUUUGAAUUGUACUUGCCAUGAACACAACUGGAUGAUCAAAUUUAAUUUUUUUUUAACUUCUGCAACAAAAAUACAAAAUGUGGGCACAAUCAAUGAAAUUUAAAUCUGUUUAGCAGUGGUACUUCAAUACUGAAAUCAAUAUAUAUUGACAGUAUACAAUAUAAUUUUAAAUGUCGAAUACUAAAGGUCCCUGAAAAUCUCACCUUCCUGAAUGACAUUCUGUGUUUUUAUUCUAAAAGAAGUGCACUAAAAUCUCAACUAUUUUGCUAUUGAGUAAAUGGAAUAAAGAAUGUAAAAGUUAAAAUACUUGAAUUUUUCAUGUUAUUUUCUUGAAUAUUGUUUCCCAAUGAAGAAAUUACAACGAUAAUCAUAAAGAAAAAUGAAAUAUGUGCGAAAAAUUCAGAGUGUUAUAUUCAAUAAAGUACUUGUACUUCAUUUAACAUCGAUGAUACAUCACGUCAAUAAUGAUUAAAUCUACAUUGUGUGCAAGUAUUAUGUGAUAUGUAAUAUGUUAGCGUUAAAAAUAAAUUCGUAUAAAUAUUACCUCACUUAUUGUUUUAUAUUUUUGUUGUAAUAUAAUAAUGAGAAAUA